AUGGAAAGUUUCAAAGAUGUGUUGCUCAGUCAGCCUCCAGCGAUGUAUUCGCAGCCCGCCAACGCAAAUAUUUACUUAGAAAAUUACAAAGGCAUCCUCCUUUGUGGCCGCCCGACGCUGUCCGUGAAUGGCAAAAAUGAUUUCUCACUAAGCAACGACGCUGGUGGCGCUAAUCACGACAGGGAUUUCUCACCUGCCAAUAGGACUGGCAACCCACUCGGUCUGGGCCCAUCUGCGGAAUUUCUCGCACUACGAGAACGUAAUCAGGCCCUGCGUGCGCAGAACCAAGGCAAAAAUCGAAGUAAAUCGCAACAGAUUCUCUCUCGGCAUCGCCGUUGGCUUCAUAGCUUUGCCAAGCAGCUAAAGAGCAUGAAGCAAGCCGAUUUGGAUCGUGAAGUGGAAGCUGCGCGGCGAGCAGCACGGCUUAGGGAGGCGGCGAUCCAACGAUACCAGAUUUCAGCUGCAGAGAAUGACGAUGGAACAAACGCUAGCCAGCAACCUCAACCGGCGCCGUAUAACCCCAACAAGGCACUCGAUCCGUUCGCAAGCUCAUCGCGGGAUAUCUCGGGUUCGAAACCUAAACCUGCGAAGGAAAAGCCAAAGUGGGCCAUGACUGAAGAUGAAGCCUUCGAGGCCGAGCUCAAUGAGAACAAUAGCCUGCUCCAAUUCGCAAGGAAUUUAGACUACGACCGUUUUAUUGGCGACUUCGAGGUGGCAGAAGCCCUCAGCGUCAUGCGCGACCGAGUUCGGAAGAUUGCCCAGGCCAACAACUGGUCCGAGGAAGAUAUCCAGCAUGCCGCAAACCACAACGCCGAGGAUGAUCUCCAGUCAACUGUGGCGCCCUCUGAGGGUGGUGGCGAGGAUGGGGUCUUCGCGAUGCGCCAGAGUCCGGAGGGUCCGCCUGAGGCACGUGCCGCGCUUCCCGCCCGUGCGGCCGUUCACCAAGGGGAUUGGGAUAAUAGCACCAAACGCGGCCGGGUGCUGAAACGGGCGAUCAGUAAAGACGCGCUGCUCCUGGCGGAACGCCUGCUCGCGGUCUCGCCAUCCAUGCAGAAGAUCCACACCAAGCAGAGCUUGGCCCGUGUGCUGCAGCAGUGUGCCUUGCAAGGUGAGAUCAACCCCACGGAGGAAUACCUCUUUCUCCGCACCGGGGCGAAUAUACGACACAAUCGCGAGAGCGCCAACGAGCUUGCCGGCAUGACGACCGAGGAGCUGGCCGUCGCGACGGCGAUCGGGCCCGUCCUCGGGGAGGAGCCGAAAAUCGUCCAGCUUCGCCCUGGGGACGUCAGCUCGAGCAGUGAAGGCAACGUGCAGCAGGUGCGCAUCCUGAGGGAGCUGCAACAGUCCAGGGAUCGGGUACAGGGGCUGCCCUAUCUGUACCGCUGCCCGGCGAUCUGA